GGUCGAAUAACCAUUGAGCUCUUCUCACACAUUGUUCCGCGGACUGCUGAAAACUUUCGAUGUUUCUGCACUGGCGAGGUCAAAGACCCACGGAACCACAAGCCGGUAGGAUACAAGAACACGCUGAUCCACCGCAUCGUCAAGGGUGUGCUAAUUCAGGGUGGAGACUUUGUGAAGUACGAUGGGACGGGAUGCUAUAGCAUUUUUGGUGGCAUGCGGUUUCUAGAUGAGAAUCUCUCGACCAAACAUUUCAGGGGGGCGGUUUCCAUGGCUAAUGCUGGUGAGCCUGAUUCCAACGGCUGUCAGUUCUUCAUAGUUGCCUGCAACAACACUGAGUGGCUCGAUGGCAAAUUUGUUGUGUUCGGCAAAGUU